AUGGCCUCCCCAAACCCCCCCAACGACCUCCGCCGCCCCCAGCGCUUCAUCACAGACCACGCCUCCGACGGCAAGGCCAUCUUCAACACCACCCUCCCCGAACAGAUCCCGCAACAGACCGUCGGCGGCGACGCCAAGUUCUACCUAGGCUACACGACCGAGCAGACGCCCGUGUCGCUGACCUCCAACGCCGACGUAACGGCCUACGCGGAGCGCCUCGCGAACCCGCCCGGCAUCGUGAUCCCCGGCGGCAGCGUGAUGCGCAUCGUCGACAUGCCCCCGGCCUCGCUGUCGCCGAUGCACCGCACGGUGAGCCUCGACUACGGCGUCGUGCUCGAGGGCGAGAUCGAGCUGGUGCUGGACUCCGGGGAGACGAGGCGGAUGAGGAGGGGGGACGUCUCGGUGCAGAGGGGCACGAUGCACGCGUGGAGGAACGUGAGCGAGACGGGCUGGGCGAGGAUGUUGUACGUGCUUCAGGAGAGCCGGCCGCUCGAGGUCGGGGGGCAGGUUUUGAAGGAGGAUUACGGGGUUGGUAUGGGGGAUGUGAAGCCUUCUGGGAACUGA